AUGUUCCUCUACAACGACUUUCAGGGACCCGUUCCGGAAACAACGCGCGCGCUGUCCAGCGAAUUGACCGAAGCGCUUAUCGCUCGUAAAGCGCAAGUGCCCGAUAUCAACAUCAUUGUGAUUACAGAUCCACUGAACACGCUCUACGGCGGUUUGCCCUCCGCUCAAUUUGAACAGCUGGAAGCGGCGGACAUUCCGGUCGUGAUCACAGAUUUGCGGCGGUUGCGCGACAGCAACACGGUUUAUUCUUUUUUCUGGCGCAUCUUUAUCAAACCGUUUGGUAAUGCAACGGCAUCGACACUGCCUAACCCCGUGGGUCCGGGUCGCGUCUCCUUGAGAACCUAUUUGGAGUUGGUGAAUUUCAAGGCGAACCAUAGGAAAGUACUGAUAGCUGACCAGGGGGACAGCUAUGUCGGUUUUGUCACUUCUGCCAAUCCACAUGAUGGCAGUAGUGCACACCGCAACGCUGCGGUUCGCUUUUCUGGCGCUGCAGCCGUCGAUCUGCUGACCACAGAAAAUGCAGUGCUGGCCCUAUCUGGUGAGCCUGAAAUUCCUUUUGAGCUUGCGUUGAAAUCAAUACCGGACGCUGAGACUGCGCCUACGAUACAGAUCGUCACCGAGCGCAAAAUCAAAGAUGCUUACUUAUCUCAACUGCAGGCCGCUGGGGCUGGGGAUAAUGUAGAUUUAAUGAUGUUCUAUCUGUCUGAUCGCGCCAUUGUCAAAGCGCUGAAGAUGGCGCAUCAGCGCGGGGCUUCUUUACGCGUCCUGUUAGAUCCGAACAAAGAUGCUUUCGGCCGGGAAAAGAACGGUAUUCCGAACCGGUUGGUCGCCUCCGAACUGGUCAAGGCCGGGGUCGAUGUCAGAUGGUGUUACACACAAGGUGAGCAAUGUCACGCAAAGAUGUUGUUAGUAAGCGGGCAGGCGGAUCGUGCCACUCUCAUAUCCGGAUCCGCAAAUUUGACCCGGCGCAAUCUUGAUAACUUCAAUCUGGAAACAAACGUGGUGGUCACCGGUACUACUGCACAUGCGUCGAUUACCGAUGCGCAGGUCUAUUUUGACGAUGCCUGGCUUAAUACCGAUAACCGCCACUACUCUGUUGAUUACAGCCACUACAAAGAUGGGUCGUUGUGGCGUCGCGGUAUGCGCCAGUUAUUCCUGUCAUUUAGUAUCAUCGCGUUGCUGUUCUGGGCUGUCCUGGCAUCGUCGACAGCGUCUGCUGAAGAGGUUUGGCUCGUCGAUUUGAAGGGUUCUGUCGGCCCCGCCAGUGUUGACCUUGUGAUUCGCAGCAUUGAGGAUGCUGACGAGACUGGUGCUCACGCGCUCAUUGUUCGCAUGGAUACGCCUGGCGGGCUGGACAAAGCGAUGCGAGACCUGGUGCAGGCUAUUCUGGCCAGCCCGAUUCCAGUUAUCUCCUACGUUGCGCCAAACGGCGCCCGUGCUGCGAGUGCAGGUACGUACAUCAGCUACGCCAGCCAUAUUGCUGUAAUGGCGCCUGCGACUAACAUUGGCUCAUCAACACCGGUCAGUAUAGCCCCGCAAGGUUUGCCCGCCGAAGCACCUGCACAACCGGGAGCGCCGGUAGAGGACGACGAGGACGCAUCCUCGCCCCCAGCCCCCAGCGUGAUGCCUACGGAUGCCAUGGGUAGAAAAGUGGUCAACGAUGCUGUGGCUUAUCUGCAGGGGCUGGCUGAACUGCGUGGACGUAAUCUCGAGUGGGCUGAGAAGACGGUGCGCGAAGGCGCAAAUCUACGCGCGUCGGUCGCCCUUGAGAUGAAUGUCAUUGAUUUUGUGGCCAAGGACCUUGAGUCUUUGUUGAACCUGAUUGAUGGUCAGGUGGUGAUCGCAGACGGCGAUGAAGUCACUCUCGAUACAGCUGGCGCUUCAAUCCAUAUUGUUGAGUCUGACUGGCGUCACGACCUGCUCGCGACCAUUACCGACCCGAGCAUUGCCUAUGGUUUGCUCAUCGUGGGCCUUUAUGCGCUGAUGCUUGAGUUUUAUAAUCCCGGGUUGUUCAUACCAGCAGUAACAGGUCUUAUCUGUAUUCUUCUGGGUGCAUAUGGAUUGCAGUUGCUGCCGGUAAAUUAUGUUGGCCUGGCGCUGGUAGGGGUAGGUGUGGCACUGAUGGUUGCUGAAGUGGUCAGCCCCACCGUUGGCAUUCUGGGCGUCGGUGGAGUUAUCGCGUUUGUCCUGGGUUCCAUGAUGAUGUUCGACAGCGAGGUACCAGGUUACCAGCUACCUGUCACGAUCAUCGUUUCGUUUGCUGUAACCACCGGCCUGGCGAUAUUUUUUAUUGUCGGCAUGGCCAUGCGCGCCCGCGCGCAGAAAAUUGUUUCCGGUAUGGAAGCCAUGAUUGGCGGGCACGCCACUGUUACACGAACUUUCACCCCGCACGAAGAUGUUUUUCAGGGUCAGGUGUGGGCUUUUGGGGAGUCCUGGCGGGCGCGCAGCCGCAACGCUUUUUCUGAAGGGGAUGACGUCCGUGUGGACGCCGUUGAGGGGCUUGUUUUAGAGGUCAGCGAGGAGACUUAG